AUUCACUGACCAACAAUAAUAGGAGGACCCCUAAUUCCCGUCCCCCAAUCUCUAACUUUCUCUCUCCUCAAAAAUCAUACUCAUUAUUGGGGGAAAAUAGCGAUGGAAGAUUCUAAGAAAAAGUUGGAGCAACAACAAAUUGAAGAGGAGGAGACCAUUGAAUCAUCAACACUGCAGUUCUUCGAAGGUCUGGGCAUCUCUCUUGAACUCCCAAAAAUUUCGAGUAAUCACGACUUAUUAUCAGAAUUAUUGAUCAAUCUUCUCAAAGUUGAUUCCAUUUCUCGAGGCCACGUUUCUUGCUCCUUUUCCGUCUUACCUUCUGUUGCCAACUACUACAAGGGGUUGCAUGGAGGAGCAGUGGCAAGUAUCGCUGAAAGGCUAGCCAUAGCGUGUGCUCGAACCAUAGUAACAGAGGAGAAGCCGCUGUUUCUUGUUGAGCUGAGCAUUUCCUACCUUUCUUCUGCUCCCAUGAAUGCCGAGUUGAGUGCUGUUGGAUCAGUUGUGAGGAGUGGAAGAAACUUAACCGUAGUAUCAAUUGAAAUCAGACUAAAAGAGACGAAGAAGCUGCUUUACACUGCUCAAGCUACUUUUCAUCAACUCCCUGCAGCAAAAUUAUGAUAUGAGUAUUUGAAGAGCUAUAUUCUUAUAACUUUCUUCAAAAGGAAAUCCCAUGUUGUGUAGUAGUCGUAAUUUAUAUAAGAGGGUAGAAUUUUAUAUCAAGGAAACAUUGAAACUUUUCAACCUCCAAAGUUUCCACAAAAUUACCAUUAAUUACAUGUUAUGUUGAUACAUUUCA